CUCACCUCCUCUCCACCCCUUCUAUCUGUCGCUGCUGCCAGCCUCCAAAAAAGAGCGUUAUAGCAGUGCUGGUAGAGACACGGUGAGGUAUAACUCACGGUGGAUUUCCCUGACCAGGACCACUACUGAGCGACAGAGCCGACCAUGGAAGAACUUACGGCAUUCGUGUCGAAAUCUUUCGAUCAGAAAACCAAGGAGAGCAGCAAAGAGAGUAUCACGUACAGGGAAGUUUUGGAGAGCGGCUUGACAAGGGCGAGGGAGCUGGGCAGCCCGGAGACAAACCUGCAGGACAUUACGGAGGGCUGCCCGGUGCAUCUGUUCAAGGACCACGUCGAGCUGGAAAAGGACAAACUGAAGGACUUUAGCGUUUCGAGGUCGAGCGAGGGCAUAUACGAGUGCAAGGAUAAAAAGGAGGACGUGAAGUCGGAGGAUGAGGACGCACAGGGCAAGCUGAAGCAGCGGAGGAGUCGCACUAACUUCACCUUGGAGCAGCUCAACGAGCUGGAGCGGCUCUUCGACGAGACGCACUACCCGGACGCUUUCAUGCGCGAGGAGCUGAGCCAGCGGCUGGGACUCUCCGAGGCCAGGGUGCAGGUCUGGUUUCAGAACAGAAGAGCAAAGUGUCGAAAACAAGAAAACCAGAUGCACAAAGACAUCUUUCCCUUCUCUCCAGGUGUGAUCCUGGGCGGCGGCAGUCACCUAGACGCCUGCAGAGUAGCACCCUACGUCAACAUGGGUGCCCUCCGGAUGCCCUUCCAACAGUUUUCUGCUGUUCUGCAGGUCCAAGCCCAGCUCCAGUUGGACGGCGUCGCUCACUCCCACCCCCACCUGCACCCUCACCUGGCUGCUCACGCUCCCUACUUGAUGUUCCCUCCUCCUCCGUUCGGACUACCAAUCGCAUCACUCGCAGACUCGGCCUCUGCAGCAGCGGCGGUGGCGGCAGCUGCCAAAAGCAACAGCAAGAACUCGAGCAUCGCCGACCUGCGACUCAAGGCAAGAAAACACGCCGAGGCUCUGGGACUCUGACCCCUGCGGGCUGCCCCUCCGCUCGCCUGAUGCCCAUAAUCGCCCCUCACACAAGACUGAGCCUGUGAAAGGGCCGUGAUACUCACAGCUAAAACUAAACUAAACAAAAACACUGAGUGAGAAUGAAAGAGAGGAACACAUACAGAGAGGGGGGAGAGAGUGUGUGUUAGAGAGAAAGUGGGAGAACAGUGGAGGAGGAAAAUAAAAGAGAAGGAGGGAGCGAGAAAAUUGUCACAAAACCAGCUGCCAAAACAAACCACUUGUAGAGAACGGUAAUUAAAUACCAAUGAAAUCACCUUUUACUUUUCGCCCCAACAGGCAGGACUUCUGCGGGGCCAGUGGCUCAGUCCACUCCAGGCACAGAUCACAUCCCAAGGACCGUACAAACACAUGUGGAUGUCUGUCUGAGGGCCAGGCCGGGGCCCGUCAGACCAGAAGACGUUAGAACAAAGCAAACUGGCAGGCAGCAGCAGGGCCAAAAGCGGAGCCGCGCUGACGCUGGCUGCCGACAUGUUGACAAUGCAGAGGGUUGAGCAUGGGGGGAAACAGACCCAAACACCACCUCACCGAGGCAUUGGAACAGCUUUCACCUUUACCCCCCCCCCCUCCCUACCUUCACUAGAAAAAUGAAGAAAAAAGCAAACAUUAAAAAAGGCCAUAUCUGUCUCCAACCACUGUGUUCCCUGCUGCUGCCAAGUGCAUGAGCUCUAAUGGAGGACUGUUGUGGGACCGGCCUCCAUCCACACCUGACACAUACGCUCGACGACAGUUUUUAACACUGCCAUUCGACAUGCCCACUCCCCCCCUACACACACAGAUUGAAAGGUCUCCAUUGCGGACCUUGCACUCCUUAUGGACUUGUGCUAUAUCAAAAGCAACAACUCAUUUUUCCUUUGCUGCGGAGGGGAGACGUGUUUUAUUCUGCGUUGCUGGGCAUGUGUCGGCGAGACUUGGUUUUGCAUUUCUCCUCACAGCGUGCUCUCUGUCUUUAUUUCUUCCCGUUUGUUGUGUUGUAUCCUGGGUAAAGAAGUGAAGAUAGCCUUUGCACUUCAGGUCUUGUAUGUGGGUGUUUACAAAUGGCACUACAAGCAGAUACUACUUUACUAAUUAAAAGGGGAGGGGGAUUUGAUAUUGUAACGUGUCUGGCGAAAAGGACACUAUCUUGGAUAAAGGGUAACCAUGCGUUCUUUUUUCUUUUUUGUAAUUCUGAAAAUAUGAAGAAAGCAUCAGUCAAAGUGAAAUGCAAUGGUGUGCAGUUUAAGUGCAAUACUGUAAAUAGCAAAAAAGUAAAAACAGCUAGCAGUUAAUCCUCAACGAUAAGGAGACCCAAUGAUUUUUCUCUUUUGGAGUGUUUAAUUUCUUUAUCAAACAACAGCUUUUCUACAGCAGUGUAUAUUUUAUUGAGUUUGAGAAAAAGUCACUCAUUACCAGGUGCCAUAUCCCAUGUAACCUCCUCUGUAUUCGAGCAGUUUGGUUUUUAGAUGCUGCAGAAACAUGGGUUAGGUUCUAAAGAAAUAAAAAGCCAACUCUACAUUUGAGUAAAUCCAUUUAAUUUUGGAUAUUGUUCAUAAUAAACCCACAAAUCAGCAUUUAAUUCCAAAUAAAGCCGUUGUUUACACUAUGAUUAACUUCUGCAUGUUGUAUGUAACAUUUCAUCAUUUAUUUCCUGAUCAUUUAAACUGUAUUUUACAAAUUGUUCCAGGCAAUAGAGAACAUUUUGAUUAUUUGGUUAUUGAAAUAUUAUUUUGACGACUUUUUAACACUGCUGUCAGAGCUGCGUCAAACAUAUUGAUCUGCUGAAGAUCUAUGUACCUUUAACAGUCUCCCAAAAUCUAUUUUCUCUGUUAACAGACCUCCAUUUAGAACUGUUUAUCUAUGUCUCCAUUUUAAAUUAAACAUAUGGGUGUUUUAUUUAUUAUUUUGUCUGAAAGAUUAUGAAAGAUGAAAUCGUUGAACUACAAGUGUACAUUUUUACAUGGCUUUGCAUUUAUUUUUGUAUGUUUUUUUUAAGUGUUGAUUUUGAAUUAGGAGGUGUGGCUGUAGUGCAUUGUUUGCCGAAAAAAAAAUGUAGCGUGUCCGAGUUUACAAACAUUUCAGGGAUGAUUGAAUUGAACAAUACUCCAUGGAAUUUGUUGUACCCAUUAAAAAUGAUUAUCAUUUCACAUGCAAGCAUGCCUAAACAUGAAUCAUCGUACAGUUUGUUUUUCCCCUUUUGAUUCGCAAAAUAUGAAUGUACAUCUUGUACAAGUAAACUAUCAAUAAAGUUAUAAAUAUUUGUA